ACCCAAUGGGUCCAUCUUAGCAGUUCUUUAGCUCUGCUAUAUAUCUUCAAAAAUGGUCUUAAAGGAAAUAUAUAUAACAUUUCAAAACGUUCAUUAAACUUUGCAAAUUCAGCGGCCGGUGUCAUACAUCGAAAAAUUUAAAUUUUAUAAAAAUCUAGCAUUAGUGGUAAAAAAGAAAAAUCGCUAAAUUUCAUCAUAUCCAAAGGAACAACAAAUUCGCUUGAGUUUUGUGACAGCCGUUGUCUGACGUCUAGAAGUUGGUGGAACGUGAAGUGAGCACACUGAACGCAAUUCGGGACGAAAAUAACGCAACGAUCCAUAAAGAAAGAGGUCGAAAAAGAAAUCAUUUGUUUUAUUCGAAAUUUUACAUAGCACUUAUUUAAAUAUCGAUUCGACAUAUUUGCCGUAUAUUAUACAAAAAUUAGCGACGACCAGAAGUCUACAACAACCUCCACACAGCCAGACAACGCAGAAACCGCUUCGGUGGUCGACGUCAGUACACCUAUCAGUGAAUCCGCUGAAAUUUCAAACCAAGUCAGAAUGGCUGAGGCCGUUGUUGAUGAGCGUCCGCCGCUUCCGACCCGUUUCUAUUGCCACAUGUGUAGCAUGGAAGUAAACAUUCCAAAUACUGAUUUCACCUGCCCACAUUGUUCUGGUGGAUUUGUGGAGGAGUUGCCAGCGUUACCUAGUACAACGAGCGCCAGCAGUAGUACAUCUAGCCUAACUGAUGGUCCCAGUAAUAGCAGUACCGAUGCACCUGGACUAAAUCGCCUAGUUGAUUUGGAUGUUAUUCGAGGCGAAAUUGAAACGUUGUUAAUGUCACGAAAUGGACCUAUAGAAAUUGCCAUUGGUCCAGCAAAUAGACGCAGUAGCAUGCUUUUAGGAAGUGGGGCUGGCAGCACAAAUGCGGGCAGCAAUAGCGGUGGAAGUGGUGGUCCUGGCGGUGGUCGAGUGCAUCCACCGAAUCUAGGAAGCUUAGACACCGUUCUCCUUGAUUUUCUACAGUCGCUUUCGGGUGGCGAUGACGGUUACUUUGGAAAUACGCCAAUGUUUUUUAUGGGCAAUCCCGGUGAUUAUGCGUGGGGUCGCGAAGGUAUCGACACAAUAGUAACACAACUGCUUAAUCAAAUGGAAACAUCUGGACCACCACCCUUGCCGAAGGAGAAAAUUGAUGAAAUACCCAAAGUACACGUAACCUCCGAAGACGUGGAACGCAAGACUCAGUGCUCAGUAUGUUGGGAAGAUUUUCGUCUAAACGAGAUAGUACGAAGGCUCCCUUGUACACACAUUUACCAUGAAAAUUGUAUAGUUCCGUGGUUAGACUUGCACGGUACAUGCCCCAUCUGCCGCAAAUCUCUAAGCGAUGGGGAAGAUGCAACCGAAGGUGGUUUGACAGGUGGCGGAGUCAUGGAUAGCAGUAUGACCGAGAUAACACAAUCGGACGAUACAACUAUGGAAAGGGUGGGUUUAAAUGAUAAUGCUCAUGGCAGUAGCAAUAGUGAUCCGCAACCAAUACCCGCAAGCGCAGGUAGUAGCUCUAGUCAAACUGAAAACCAGCAGCAACAGCAACAAAGCAAUGUUUUUGGAUUUGAUGAUAGCGCUGUGGAUUUGGACUAAAGAGUUUUUAGCUACGCAGCCUAAAACUUUUAAUACAAAAAUACUUUAUAUAUAAAACAUACACGUUAAUGCAUUUUGGCGAAAUAACGGUAAUGAUAAAUAACUGCAAGAAGUGUAGCUACGAAUGCUAUUUAAAAACUUUACAUACAUAUUAAGAACAUGCAUGCGAUCGUAACUUUAAAUACCAACAAUAAACCUUCGUACUUGACCCAAAGCAUAUUUUUUGCAAACUUUAAAUUAUGUAAAAAAACCAAGACACAAAAACAGUGUUCCACUUGAAAUAAAAUUAUUUAAUUCUCAAUUUUUAACUUUUUUGACAUUUUUUUUUUUUUAGAUGAUAUGCAUUGCUUUCAUUAUCUAGUUAAAGUCAGAUGAACUGAUCCAAAUUAAGAUUUAAUUAACACAAAUACAGUAAGAUAAGAUUAACUAAAAAUUUAAAAAUAUAAUGCAUACCUACAUAUAUACUUAAAAAAUGUACCAGUAGUGGAAAUGAUGAUGUGGAUGUUGUUGGCAUAAUUAAACUAUGAUCGGAGCUACAUACAUAUACAUUAAAUGCAUAUACACUUACUAAUAUUGUAUAAAAUAGUUUAAAGUGCAUCGGCAGUCAAAUUAUUGUAAUGUAAUGAAUAAUUAUAGAGAGCGCUUAAUACAUACAAAGAUGAUAAGAAAUGGUAUAAAAUUGGAGCCCACAGCCGACCUAAUAGACCGUAAAAGAAAUCGAAGUAAUUAAAAAUAUUUAAAUGGAAUAGAAUGGUCACGUUAAAUUGGUUAUUACCGUUGCUCUAUUAUUUAUACAUUAAAUUGUAUGAAUAUACGUAUGGAGAAAAUUAAAAAUUAUUAGCAAUGUUGAUGUUCCGUUCUUAACUAAUAAUUUAGAUAUAUUAAAUAAUACCAGCAAAAUUAAUGAAAA